AUGGCGACCGAAUGGCCCGGAGCCGUCGUGCGCAAGGCGUUCAAUGACUUCUUCGUCAGCAAGGGCCACACGUACUGGCCCUCGAACGCAGUCGUGCCUCUGAACGACCCAACGCUGCUGUUCACGAAUGCGGGCAUGAACCAGUUCAAGCCCGUGUUCCUGGGCACGGUGGACCCCAACAGCGAGAUGGGCCGCCUCAAGAGCGCCUGCAACAGCCAGAAGUGCAUCCGCGCGGGCGGCAAGCACAACGACCUGGAUGACGUGGGCAAGGACGUGUACCACCACACGUUCUUCGAGAUGCUGGGCAACUGGUCCUUCGGGGACUACUUCAAGGAGGAGGCCAUCAGCUGGGCCUGGGAGCUGCUGACGCAGGUGUACAAGCUGCCGGGGGAGCGGCUGUACGCGACGUACUUUGGCGGCGACGAGAAGCAGGGGCUGCCGGCUGACGAGGAGGCCAAGGCCAUCUGGCUCAGGUUCCUGCCGGCUGAGAGGGUGCUGCCUUUUGGCUGCAAGGACAACUUCUGGGAGAUGGGGGACCAGGGCCCCUGCGGCCCCUGCACGGAGAUCCACUUCGAUCGCAUCGGCGGCGGCCGCGACGCCGCGCACCUCGUCAACAUGGACGACCCCAAUGUCCUUGAGAUCUGGAACCUGGUGUUCAUCCAGUUCAACAGGGAGGCGGACGGCUCCCUCAUCACGCUGCCCGCGCAGCACGUCGACACCGGCAUGGGCCUGGAGCGCGUCACCUCGGUGCUGCAGGGCAAGAUGUCCAACUACGCGACCGACCUGUUCAUGCCCAUCUUCGACGAGAUCAGGGCCAUCACCGGGGCCAGGGAGUACACUGACAAGAUCGGCAAGGACGACACCGAUGGCGUGGACAUGGCGUACCGCGUGGUGGCGGACCACAUCCGCACCCUCUCCUUCUCCAUCGCCGACGGCGCGCGGCCCGGCGGUGACGGCCGCGACUACGUGCUGCGCCGCAUCCUGCGCCGCGCGGUGCGCUACGGGCGCGAGAAGCUGGGGGCGCAGGAGGGUUUCUUUGCCAAGCUGGUGGACGUGGUGGUCAGGAACUUUGGGGAGACGUACCCCGAGCUGGUCAAGGCGCGGGAUGCCAUCCACGACACCAUCAAGGCGCGCGCGGAGGAGGAGGCGUCUUUCAGCCGCACCCUCGUCAAGGGCAUUGAGCGCUUCAAGAAGGCCGCAGCCACCGCGCAGGCGAGCGCUCCCGGGGCCCCCGCCGACGGCGGCGUGCUGAGCGGGCACGACGCGUUCCUGCUGUGGGACACCUACGGCUUCCCCCUCGACCUCACCCAGCUCAUGGCCGAGGAGGCGGGCCUGCGCGUCGACGGCGCGGGCUUUGAGGCCGCGAUGGACGAGGCGCGCGAGAAGAGCCGCGCCGCCGGCAAGAAGGCGGCGGGCGUGACCCUGAAGUUCGAGGCAGAGGCCACCGGCUGGCUCCAGGCCCGGGCCGUCCCCCUCACCAACGACGCCCCCAAGUACGGCACCAUCGACGCCGACGCAAAGGUGCUGGCCAUUUUGACCGCGGGGGGCUACGUCGACAGCAGCGCGGCCCUGGAGGAGGGCAGCCCGCUAGGGCUCGUGGUCGACAACACUUCCUUCUACGCGGAGUCCGGCGGCCAAGUGGGCGACACCGGCUCCAUCGUCGGCCCCUCGGGUUCAAUCGACAUUGGGGACUGCCAGGUGGCCGCGGGAUACGUGCUGCAUGUGGGCGUGGCGGCGCCCGGCGCCAGCGUCAGCGUCGGCGACAGCGUGACUGUCAAGGUGGACUACGAGCGCCGCGGCCGCAUCAUACCCAACCACACCUUCACCCACGUCCUCAACUGGGCGCUGAGGGACGUGCUGGGGGACCACAUUGACCAGAAGGGCUCCAUUGUGGCCCCAGACAAGCUGCGGUUUGACUUCAGCAACAACGGCGCCGUGGAGGCCGACAAGCUGGGCCGGGUGGAGGCCAUCUGCAGGGACUGGGUCGCGCGGGGGCUGCCCGUCAGCAGCAAGGAGGUGUCUCUUGGGGACGCAAAGGCGAUCAAGGGCCUGCGCGCCGUCUUUGGGGAGGUGUACCCCGACCCCGUGCGCGUGGUGGCCAUCGGCCCCGGCGGCGGCGUGGAGCAGCUGCUGGCUGCCCCCGGGCAGGAGGCCAACCUGGCGUACAGCGUCGAGUUCUGCGGCGGCACACACCUCAAGAACACUGCAGAGGCGGGCGCCUUCGCCCUGAUCAGCGAGGAGGGCAUUGCCAAGGGCGUCCGCCGCAUCGUCGCCUUUACCGCAGCCGACGCCAAGGCCGCGAUCUUGGAGGGCGAGCGGCUGGCCGCUGAGGUGGCGGAGGUCGGGAAGCUGCCCGAUGCGUCGCCCGACUUUGAGCGGCGCGUGAACGAGCUCAAGGGCUUGGUCGACGUGGCCGUCAUCCCCGCGGCGGCCAAGGCGGCGAUUAGGGAGGACGUGGCCGCCCUUGCGCGCCGCGUCCUGGAGGCCCAGCGCGUGGCUGCGGCCGCGGCCAAGGAGCGCGCGACGGAGGAGGCGCUGGCGGCGGCGGACGAGGCGGCGGCCAAGGGGGCGCGCCACGUGGUGCGGCGCAUUGACGUCGGCACAGACCCCAAGGCGCUGGCGCAGGCGGUGACGGCGAUCACGUCAAAGCACGGGGACGCGCUGGCGGCGCUGCUGAUCAGCGUGGACGCGGAGAAGGGCAAGGUCCUGGCAUAUGCUGGCGUCCCCGACGGCCUCUUGCCGAAGAUCAAGGCGCCCGAGUGGCUCACUGCGGCGCUGUCGGUUGUUGGCGGCAAGGGCGGCGGCAAGCCCGGUGGUGCGCAGGGGCAGGGGUCGGACGUCGACAAGGCUGCGGACGCGGUGGCGGCGGCGGAGGCGUUUGCGGCGCUGGCGCUCUGA